UAUACACCCUUUAGGUAGAAGAGUAACUACUAUGAAAAAUAGCAUCAUAAAGGAUUAAAAUAAUUAUGGCACUAACAAGCCUUAGCUUCCUCAGCUUCUUCUUCCUUCUUCUCCCUUUCUCCUCUUCCUCCCCCACCACCGCCGCCUCGAUCGCCGCCACCGACCCUAUCGGCCAUUACUGCGCCUCGAGCUUCAAAGGCACCCAAACUCAAGCCAACAUCAACCUCGUCCUCUCCGACUUAGUCGCGAAGGCUUCGAUCGGCGGCUUCGCGGUCUCUUCCUUCGGCGGAGGCAACGGCGGCGCGAUCUACGGCCUCGCGCAAUGCAGAGGCGACGUCAUCGGCAGCGGCGACUGCUUGAGCUGCCUCGUCGCCGCAGCGAAGAAGCUCCCGACGACGUGCGCGGGGGACGCCGACGGGAGGAUAUGGUACGACUACUGCUUCAUGCGCUACGACAACGUGAAUUUUGUAGGGAAGGUUGAUAUCGGGUACGAGUUCAUUUACUACAACGUCGAGAACGCGACGGAUCCCGCGGCGUUCGACGCCGCGGCGGAGGAGCUGCUGGGGCGGGUGCAGGCGGAGGCUGCGACGCCAGGGAACGAAGGGUUCGCGGAGGAGAAGGCAAAGUUUACGGGGAGUACUACGAUCUACGGUCUGGCGCAGUGCACGCAGGAUCUGCAGCCGUCGGCGUGCGGCCAGUGCCUGGCGGCGGCGGCGGAGGAGGUCGUCGGCUAUUGCCAGGGCAGUGUCGGGUGCCAGGUCCACUACAGCAGUUGCAUGCUGCGUUACGAGAUCUAUCCCUUCUAUUUUUCCGGUGAUCACAAUAUGAAGGCGAGCGCAGGGGAUAAAUAUUUCAAAGUCGUUUUCAGUCCCUAGUGCGAUACACGUACGUGUAUGUGUCUUGUUGUGAUUUGUUGUUAGAAUAAAAUGGGCCGAGGGCCCGGGUCCUAGUUGUAUGGCGCUUUGUAGUUCAACCUGUUUUGAUGGUUUAAAAAAAUAUAUUUAUUA